CUGGCCUAUCCAUUAUCCAAUGAGGCUUGGCUAUUAUCCUCUUUUCUCAUUUCUUUCGUCACUACUAAUUAGGAUGAUUGGUGCACCAUCAUUGUCGAAUGGCGAUUGAUCGCCAUAUACCAGUAAUAAACUGUCCAGGCGGUCCUGCCAAAGUGACAUCGGAAAUCUCGCGUCUCUACUCAGUGCUCGUGCUCAGCGCUCGCGAUGCUGCCAAUUUGUGGCCUAGGCAGUUGGUUUGGAACUCAGCCAACAGAUCUGCGACUAUCAAGCAGGGAUCGGGCAGGCCGAACGUUCAGGCUGACUUUAUGGCUGUUCGACACAGCGAUAUCUACUUAUGGAUUUGCCUUGCCGUGGCCUUGUACUUAUUUAAUAUGUCCUAUUGCCGUUCAAGUUCAUUGUCCUUUUGAAAGACCAUGCCCAUUUAGCCUUUAUCAUUCUAAAGUCUCUCCAGUCCAAUUAAUUUCCUUCAGGCUUCAAUAUGUCGGAACCAAAUUGGUCGCGAUAUCAGGAAGGCAGCAAGUGGUUUUAUCAACCCAAUAAAAUAGCCCCGAUUGUGUUUUCCGUCCUCUUCGCGAUUUCAGGCAUCUGGCAUGGAUAUCAGACAAU